GCACUAAAAAAUACUAUUAAGGCUCUCAUAUAACUAUUAAGCCUUUAAAGUAAUAAUGGAUGAUGGUCCCCCAAAAAGGGGUCGAGGUCGUGGUCGUGGAGCUCGCGGAAGAGGAAGAGGUCGAGGUAGAGGAAGAGGACGGGGAAAAAAAGCGAUAAAGGUAAUUGAAAGCGAUGAUGAGUCGGAAAGUGUUCUUCAAGAUUCAACCGAAGAGCAAACAACUCAACAGGAAGAGAAUCCCGUCGAAAAUAAUGAAAACGAUGCCCCAAAAAUUGAUUUGGAGGCUGAUAUUUCUCAAUUGGAAGCCCCCACAUUUACUACGAUUAAUAGAGGACCACCAGAACCUAUGUUGCGAUUAAAUUGGAAUCAUAAAGUGAAUUUAAUUGGGGAGAAGGUUUUAAAUCCUAUGAUUCAUUGUUGUGAUAAAUGUACGAAGCCUAUUUUGAUUUAUGGAAGAAUGAUUCCUUGUAAACACGUUUUUUGUUUAGCUUGUGCUAAACAAGAACAAUCACAGUGUCCCAGGUGUUUAGAUAAAGUAACGCGAGUGGAGCAAACUGGUUUAGGAACAGUUUUUAUGUGUACUCAUGGUGGGACUCGUUAUGGCUCUUCAGGUUGUCGUAGAACUUAUUUAUCUCAACGCGAUCUUCAAGCACAUAUUAAUCACAGACAUGUAUCAUCACAAACGCCUCCAAUUGAAAAUCCAGAGCCAGAAAGACCUCCAGCUAGACCACCUAGUAAAAUGGAUCCAAGAGCAAGUGUGACAAUAGCCCAAAAUCUCAGACAAAGAGCAACACCUUUACAAGGAGCUGGAGUUCGAACUAAUUUAAUAACUGUUCCCAUCCAAGACUCGGCUCCGGUUGUUCAUGAAACAGUGACUCAAACCCAAUCGUAUUACGCCCAAUAUCAACAGACUCCAAGUUAUAAUCAAAGUUUGCCACCUCCUAUGCAUCUUCCUCCACCACAACAAAGUCAAUAUUUUGCGACUCCUCCAGCUUAUAGCCCUGUACAAACGUAUCCAACUUAUAGCAGUAAUGCUCCUCCAUCUCAAUAUACUACACCAUCAUUAUCCCAACCUAGAGGGACAAAUCAGUACGAUUUUGGGAAUGCUCCACCGCCGCAAUGGGGUAGUAAUCAACAAUAUUAUAGAUAAGUUAAUCAUCUUUUAUAUUUUAAUGUGUUUAUAAUGAGUUUUGAAAGAAAAUACAGUUUAAUAAAAUAUUCAAGU